CAUUUUUAUUCUCAUAGUUGAACGUUUGUCGUGAUGAUCAAAAUACUCCUUUCGUUGGUGUUUUUAAUUGUGAUUUCUUGUGGAGUGCAGUUGCAAGAGGAUAAUACAGAUCAUUUUAAAAAUGGACUGAAACGCGAUGAAUUCGAUUGGACAUUGACACAAAAAGUGUUGGCCACCUACAAUCAAAAGAAUGUCGUUGUUUCACCAUUUUUCCUCAUUUUAAUGCUAUCAAUUUUGGCUGAAGCAGCUGGAAAAGACACAAGUAGCUAUCAGGAACUAUCAACAGGUGUACCAAACAUUAGCAAUGCAGAAAAAAUUCGCGAACUAUUGAAAUCUCUAAUGCAAUCGAAUGAAUUAAAAUUCGGAACCAGUUUGUUUGUGGACACUUUCAUUCAGCCGAAUCAAAAAUUUCUGGCUAUCAUCAAAGCUUUGUAUUUUUCGGAUAUCGAAUCGAUCGACUUUUCUAAUCCGCAAAUGGCCUCUAAUACAAUUAAUGCUUGGUGUGCAAGUGCAACAAAUAAUCAGCUUAAUGACAUUGUCACCUCCGAUGACGUGAAAGGUUCGGUGAUUCUUUUGCUGAAUACAUUAUAUGGACGUUGGAGUAUGCCGUUUGUUGAAAGUGAUUCUGACCGCCAGAAUUUUCACCUAAAAUCAGGAGAAAAUCUGUCUGUACAAUUUAUGAGAAAAACUGGCACUUUUUACUAUCACGAAUCAACUGAAUUGGAUACCAAAUUUUUGAGACUCCCAUACGAUGGACAAAAAUUCGCAAUAUAUAUAGCUCUACCAAAUGAUGACGGUUUGGACGAACUCGUCGCCCGAAUCGAUAGAGAUAAUUUUUAUCUCACACAAGUGCUGAUGGAAAAGGUCGAAGUUGCAGUGUCUAUGCCAAAGUUCAAAUUCUUCAAAAACAUUGGAUUAAACGAUAUUUUGAAAUAUCUUGGAAUUCGUCAGAUAUUCACAAAUGGAGCAUCGUUCCCAAUACUUGCACGAGGGCGUAGUGUUCAGGACCGUUUGCAAGUGUCGAAUAUUUUACAAAAAGUCGGAAUUGAAUUCUAUGAGAAAGAAAGCACAACGAAUGCAACUGAAAGUGGAAGCUUGGUCAAUAGUUCUGGUACUGCCAUUCAAUUCAACGUAAAUCGUGAAUUUUUGUUUUUAAUUCAGGAUGAAACAACUGGCAUUCUUAUUUUUGCUGGAAUAGUUACUAAUCCAGAAUGAAUUUUUUUUUUGCCAAAAUAAAAACCUGAAAGAAGAAAAAAAAAAUAUUUGAAUGAUUGUAUGUUUUUGAAGUCCAUAUCACGAAAGGUUAAUUACAGCAGACUUUAUUCGUAGACAACAGAGUUCUCAACGGGCCACAUUUUUGUGAUCCGAGUCCGCCCGUAUCCCGACAAUUGCCUAUUAGAAUCCGAACGUCGACCAAGUUUUACGGACAAUGAAGAUUUUCUUUACAAAAAAAUGUGUCGAUAUUUUGAAUUUGAUGACUAAUAUGGAAAAU